CUGGUGCUUUUGAUAUUACAAAAGUUCGGAAGGAUAUGAUUGCCUUUGAUGAACAGGUUUUGACCAUCAAAAGGUUGAUAGAUGCUGGCAAAAUAAGAUAUUGGGGUGUUUGUAAUGAAACAACAUAUGGUAUAUGUCGUUUGGUGGAAGCUUGUGACCGUCUUGGUGUACCGAGACCCGUGAGUGUUCAAAACUCUUAUAGUCUAGUCAAUCGUCGCUUUGAAGCAGACUUAAUAGAAGCUUGUUAUUAUUAUAACAUUCAUUUGUUACCUUGGAGUCCUUUAUCGAGAGGUGCUUUAACUGGUAAAUAUUUGGAAAAUUCUCAACCUGAAGGGGCAAGACAUACUUUAUUUCCGGAUCAUAUGUCUCAAUACUUUAGUGAUCGAGUAAUGGAAGCUACCAAAACCUAUUCGGAGAUUGCAAAACGGCAUCAAAUGAAAGUAUCGCAUUUGGCAUUGUCAUUUUGUAAAAGUCGUUGGUUUAUUGGUGCAACUAUUGUUGGUUCAACGAAGAUACCGCAAUUGCAAGAUAAUCUGGAUGCUUUUGAUAUCGAGUUGAACGAGAAUAUCAUCAAGGAAAUCAAUGAUGCCUAUUUGAAACACGGAGAUGCUGCACAACCCUUUUAUAUAGAAUAAGUUUGUCCCCUGAGAAGAAUAGAAUAGUAUGUUUUGUUUUGUGAUC